AGAGGGACGACGUGCAGUGCAGCUAUAAAAUGGCGACCGGCCAGCAGAUGCGGCCACCACACUAAUCCACUCCUCACUGAACCGCCAAUCUUCACUCGCUCACUCCGACGACCAUGGCCCCGCCGGCGACGCAGAGCCCCGGAGCGCUCAACGGCGGCGGCGCCACACCGCACGUCCUGUUCAUCCCGAGCGCCGGGAUCGGCCACCUGACCCCGGUCUUCCGCGUCAUCGCUGGCUUCUCGAGCCAGGGCAUCGACGUCUCCGUCGUGACCGUGCUUCCGACCGUGUCGGCCGCCGAGGCGGCCUACUUCGACGGCCUCUUCACCGACUACCCGCGCGUCCGCCGCGUCGACAUGCACCUCCUCCCGCUGGACGCCGCCGAGUUCGCGGCGACCGAGGACCCCUUCUUCCUCCGCUGGGAGGCCCUGCGCCGCUCCGUCCACCAGCUCGGCCCCAUCGUCGCCGCCGCCGCACCGCCCGUCACGGCCAUCAUCACCGACAUCACGCUCACCUCCUGCGUCGUCCCCAUCGCCAGGGAGCUCCGCGUCCCGUGCCACGUCCUCUUCCCGACGGCCGCGACCAUGCUCGCGCUCAACGCCCACUACCCCAUCUACCUCGACCAGCUCGGCGGCGGGCCGGUCGGCGACGUCGACGUCCCCGGCGUGUUCCGCGUCCCGCGGUCCUCCCUCCCGCCGGCGCUCCUCGACGUGAACAAGCUCUUCACGAAGCAGUUCGUCGACAACGGCCGCGAGAUCGCCAGAGCCGACGGCGUCCUGGUGAACACGUUCGACUACGUGGAGCCGGCGCCGCUCGCCGCCCUGCGGAGCGGCAAGAUCGUCCCCGGGUACCCGCCGGUGUACACCAUUGGCCCGCUCAAGCCGCACGCCGCUGCCACCAGGGCGGGCGACAAGGCCGGGACAGGAGACGGCGUGCUCGACGAGUGGCUGGGGCGGCAGCCGGCGCGGUCGGUGGUGUACGUGGCGUUCGGCAACCGCAGCGCGGCGCGGCUCGACCAGAUCCGGGAGAUCGGCGCCGGGCUGGAGGCCAGUGGGUACCCGUUCCUGUGGGUGCUCAAGACCACCAAGGUCGACCGGGAGGACGCCGCCGAGCCGGCAGACGUGCUCGGCGGCGCGUUCCUGGAGCGCGUGCGGGGGCGCGGCCUCGUGACCAAGGGGUGGGUGGAGCAGGAGGCCCUGCUGAAGCACCCCGCCGUGGGCAUGUUCCUGAGCCACGGCGGGUGGAACUCGGCGCUGGAGGCGUCCUCCGCCGGCGUGCCGGUGCUGGUGUGGCCGCAGCUCGGGGACCACCGCGUGAACGCCAUGGCGGCGGCGCGCGCGGGCAUCGGGGCGUGGGCGGAGGACUGGGGGUGGGACGGGGAGGAGAGGCUGGUGACCGGGGAGGAGAUCGCGGAGAAGGUGAAGGAGGUGAUGGCCGACGAGAAGCUGAGGGCGAGCGUGGCAGUGGCGCGCGAGGAGGCCGCCAGGGCCGUCGCCGAGGGCGGCACGAGCUACCGUAACAUGCACGAGUUCAUGGCCAAGCUCAAGGGGGCUUGAGGUCGCCCUCGUUGAUCGAAAUAAUGCAGCCCAAGCAAAGUCAGAGCUUGUAUUAUUGUAUGGUUCGUGGUCUCUCUUUUAAGUCUCUUCCUUAUUAUUGUUGGUGUCGUGCGAGAGCUUUUACAUGGAUUUUGUGUUGUGUUAUUGUGUAGCUGGAAACUCUCCAGCGUGGCUCGUGGUUUGCUUUACAAAUUGUAAAUUUGUAAUGCACGUGGUCACGUGCCGCUACGGAUUCAGAUCCUAUGCAGUCGACUGUAGUGACCGACACGUGGGUCCGACGGGCGCCAGGGCCCACAUGCAGUGACCGAGUCACUCUGCCGACUGCAGAGGAGCUUCUCCCUGCCGCUACACACAAUGACGAUGUAUUCUGAAUUCUGAUUA